AGUGCUUCAAGAAGAAGUCCGAGAGUGAGAGCAAUCCAAAAAAAUUGGAAAAGUGGGACACGUGACUUUUUCGACUUCUUCUCAGCCCUGGCUGCUGCAUCUUUGCUCGACCAAGUCGCAUUCCCCCCUCGCUCUCACCCUCACACAUACGCACAUAGGAGACAGAGAUGGUGCUUCCGAGGACGGCGGCUGCGAGAGCGGCCAGGUCGCUUAUGAGCAGGCGACCUGUGCUCCAGAGACCGCUUCAGCAAGGCGCCGCGGCCGCAAGCACGUCUGCCGCCCCUCCUCGGCUGCUGCCCAGCGAGCUGCCUCCCUUGACUCCCUCGCGCAUCAAACCGGUCCCCUCCUCCUUUUACACCGCUCGUCCCACCUACAUCGACUCGCUAAUUCUCCUCGAGGACCUGACUAGACGGACGAAGCGUGCGCUCGAAAAGGCCAGCAUCCCCAUGGCUGAAGCCGCGGCUGCUGCCUCGACGUCCUCAUCUUCACGCAGCGCCAUCCUGUGGCUCAAGGUGCAAGACCUCUCGCGCAGGCUGGGCAUUCCGCUCAAAUCCUCGCAGUACCGCCACAUUGUCGCACGCCUCAGCGUCCUGUCUCGAUAUCGAGCCGUGGUCCGCGAUCACUUUGGAGACGGCCAGAUGGGAGAAGCCAAUGCGCGACUCGCCAGGCACGUCGAGGACACGCUGAGGAGCUUCAUGCGGCAGGCCACGGUCGACUUUGAAUCUGCCCAGCCCAAGCUCGCCGUCGAUGGUGCCAGCAGCACGGGCGUUGACGAUCUCGGUCGCGCCUACGCGCGCGGAAGGAGAAAAGAGAGCAGUGCCCGAGUCUGGCUCAUCGCUCGCAAGGACGUCGAGGAUACAGCAGCAGCAGAGACGUCGGCGCCGACGUCGGUGGCCAGCUCGGUUCUGAUCAACGCCCAGCCCAUCUCGGCCUACUUCACGAGAGAACACCAUCGCGAUUCGAUCAUCUACCCGCUCCGGCUGACGGGGCUCUUGGGCGUCUUCAAUGUCUUUGCCCUUGUGAGCGGAGGCGGCAACAGCGGCCAGGCCGGUGCAACGGCGCACGGCAUCGCAAGGGCGCUCCAUACCUACUUUGAGCACAAGGCAAAUUCUGUCGAAGAGGCAGAGGGCAAGAACAGCCCAGCGGCCCUCGAGGCCAAGAAGAGGGCUGAGCGCAUUCACGACCUUCUGAAAGCUGACGGUGUUCUCAAGCGUGACCCGCGCAUGGUCGAGAGGAAGAAGACCGGCCUGGCAAAGGCUCGCAAGGCUUACACCUGGGUCAAGCGGUAGUGUUGUCGUCAUAUUCUAUUAUACAAUACAAAGAUGUUUGAGUCUCUAGGAACAGGUUGUGAUGGGAAGAUGGUUGAUACAUAUAGGGUGAAUGAUGCAGGAUU